GAUUUCCUUGCGCAUGCGCGCUAAGCACGAUGAGUCCCGGAGAGGUGCUGGUACUUAGUACUCUGGAGUACCGGCAGAAGAAAACUCUUGUUUUGGUGACUUUCCAUGUCUAGCUCUCCGGUCUCCGUUCGGCCAUUGCCCUUAUGAGUUACUGCUUGGAGUUUCCAUCCCCCUGCGGGACGGGAAGGGUAACCCUAAGCUUUCAGAUCUAGCUAGAGUUGAACUAACAUGCAACUUAGCUAAGGUAAGGACUAGCCCAGAGGAACCCAAUGAGUGGAACACAGUCUGCGGCCUCGGACAGGUUUCAGGGAAGAAAACCAACCAGGCAUGGGAGCAUUCUGAGCGGUGACAUAUCGACUGACAGGAAGCAGAAGGUUGAGCGGAGCGUCAGCUCAUCCCAUGACUUCUCAUCUCAUGAUUUUGAUCCUACAGAGAGUUCGUCCAGGAAGACAAAGUCUACUUGGGAUGAGAGUAGACAAGAGACCUAUGUUCGGCUAUGUCCUUCUUAUAUAAUAGAGGAGAUGAAAAUAGUCCAUGGCAUGUCUCUCACAGGACCAAGAAUCGGUUCUGUUAAAGGUUUAGUUCAGCGUUGUGUCAUCAUACAGAGAGAUGAGAAUGGAUUUGGGCUGACGGUCAGUGGCGAUAACCCUGUCUUUGUUCAGUCAGUGAAGGAAGAUGGAGCUGCCAUGCGAGCUGGGGUGCAGACAGGAGAUCGUAUUAUUAAGGUUAAUGGGACCUUGGUCACACACUCCAAUCAUCUUGAAGUUGUAAAGCUUAUCAAGUCCGGCUCCUACGUUGCUCUUACAGUUCAAGGUCGACCUCCUGGAUCCCCGCACAUCCCUUUAUCGGAGAGUGAUCCUUUAUCUCCACUGCACAUGUCCCCAGUGAAUCAUGGACACGGACCCUUAGAAAGAAUAACCAGCCCCAUAUUAAUGGGGGAGGAGAACAAUAUUAUGCACAACCAGAAAUUAGACAUCCUAAAGAAAAUGCUUCAAAAGGAAAAAGAACAAUUACUGUCUUCCCAGGAGGAGUACAACAGCUCGCCAUCUACACGUCUCUUUAAGGAAAUCCAAGACACCAAGAAACACAUACAGCAGCUUCAAGAACAACUAUGUAAAACCAAAUCUCCCACACAGAUAAAUGAGCUCGAUACUUACUCCUCUGACCAAGAACGUUCCGAUUACAUCAUUGGAGAUGGAUCACGUCCAAGCAGUAAUGUUACAGAUAGCCCAUCUAGUGGACAAAGAGAAAAAAGUUUUCUGGAAGAAAGCCCUGAAAAGAGCGAGUAUCUGGAUACACUUGAGGAUUCUCAGUCCAGCAUGGGUAGCCCUUUUGCUCGCUUUGCACAUAGUAUUAUUGGUGCGGAGGAUGAAGAAUUUGAUGCUGAACCAGAGCAGGUGAUUGAACAGUGUAGCUGCUUCCAAAGUAUGGACCUCUUAAAGUCUCACCCUGCACACCUUGCCGUUUUCAUAUUCCAUGUAGUUUCUCAGUUUGACCCUGCACCUUUGCUCUGUUACCUGUAUGGAGACCUUUAUCAGCAAACCAACCCAAAGGAGACACGCAGAGUAUUUCUUGAAUUCUAUCAGUUCUUCCUUGAGAGGACGGCGCAUCUUCGAGUUGCUGUUCCAGAAGACCUUGCCCUUGAUCUAGAAAGAAGACGGCCAGAAUUAAUACCGGAAGAAUUACUACGACAGUAUGUCCACACCAUGCACGACAGGAUGUGUCCUGAUGUGCAGAAACUUUUAGAGGACUUUAGGCAGAAACGCAACAUGGGUUUGACAUUGGCAGAGAGUGAAUUGGCUAAACUGGAUGCAGAACGAUCACGAGAACGCAACACACUCGAGAAAGAGAGACUCUGUGCAGAGCCAAUCUUACAGAAAAUUGAGGAGGUUUUACUUUCAUUGCAGCCCCCUGAAGAUGAAAAAUGUGGCACUAUACAGUAUGUUAUCCUGACCUACAUGAAGCACAUUGGUGUGAAAGUUAAAGAACCAAGAAUCCUGGAACAGAGACGUGGACGUAUUGGAUUCCUACCAAAAAUCAAGCAGAGCAUGAAAAAGGAUAAGGAAGGAGAGGAAAAGUGGAAACGCAGAGGACUGUCCAGCAUCUUAGGCCCUCCGCGACGGCCCAGCCGGCAAGACAGUAAUGCAAUUUCUAGAGCUUUGCAAAUGCAGAAACACUCGAAGCACUUAUCAACAUCAUCAUCCAGCAGCCCUGAGCCGGCAGAGAGCAAACUGCGUUCUAGUGGUGGCUCUGUGGACGGACAUGAGUCUUUAUUCAGCCCUUUUUCUCCUCCUCCUAAUAGUGCUUCAGCUUAUAGUUCCCCAGAUGGCAUUAGGGAAUUGGAAGGAGGCAUGAAAUUCAGCACAGAAGGGUCUCAUUCCACAGACUCUUGCGAUGGAAGUUCACGGACUUCAGGUUCCAUGUUUGACUUCCCAUGUUCUCCUUUGGACCUUUUGCAGGAAGAAGUGAAAGAUUCUGAUCGAUUCAGCGAACAUGGCACCCCAAAACUUUCACGAAAAUUGGACAGCUUGGGCAUUGGAGACACUCAGAGUGAGGACGAGCUCCAUGAUCUAGACCUGGAGAUGGAUCCUCCCAACUGGCAGCAGCUGGUCAGCAGAGAUAUUUUACAAGGACUUAAGCCUCAUGAGAUCAAACAGCAAGAAGUCAUACAUGAGCUGUUCUAUACAGAGAGAGCACAUGUUCGUACACUUAAUGUACUCAACCAAGUGUUCCACCAAAGAGUGAUCCGAGAAAGCCUCCUAACACCUGCUGAAACACGAAGUGUGUUCUCCAAUCUGGAGGAGAUCUUAGAGCUUCACGUUGGGCUGAAGGAGCAGAUGAAAGCAGUCAAGAAACGUUAUGAAAACUCUGUGAUUAGACAAAUCGGGGAUGAUGUUUUAAGCUGGUUUUGUGGACCUGAAGAGGAGAAACUGAAGCAAGCGGUAGCCACCUUUUGUAGCAAUCAACCCUUCGCCUUGGAGAUGAUAAAGUCCCGACAGAAGAAGGACUCCAAGUUCUUGACGUUUGUUCAGGAUGCUGAGAGUAAUCCACUGUGCAGGCGUUUGCAGCUCAAGGACAUUAUUCCAACAGAGAUGCAGAGGUUGACCAAAUAUCCUCUUCUACUGGACAACAUCGCCAAAUAUUCAGACCAAUCAGAGGAAAAACUGAAGUUAAAGAGCGCUGCGGACCAUUGCCGGCAGAUUCUAAAUCAUGUCAACCAGGCUGUCAGAGAAGCGGAGAACAAGCAGAGGCUCGAAGACUACCAGCGAAGACUUGAUCUGUCCUACCUGAAACCAGGGGAGUACCCAAUGAUCGAUGAGCUAAGGAGUCUGGAUUUAACAAAGAGGAAAAUGUCUCACGAAGGGCCUUUGGCUUGGAAGGUGAAUAGAGACAAGAUAAUCGAUCUGUACACGCUGCUGUUGGAAGAUAUUCUGGUUUUGCUACAGAGACAGGAUGACAAAUUGAUACUUAGAUGCCACAGUAAGAUCCUGGCCACCACGUCAGACAGCAAACACAUCUUCAGUCCUGUCAUCAAGUUAAACACUGUGCUGGUCCGACAGGUAGCAACAGACAACAAGGCUCUCUUUGUUAUAUCCAUGUCAGACAAUGGAGCACAAAUCUAUGAACUGAUCGCGAACACCGUGUCAGAGAAAAAUGUAUGGCAGGAUUUGAUUACAAGAAUGGCUGCUGCAUCGAAAGAGGAGGAUCCCAGACCAGCAAUUCCACUACAGGUCACACCGGGGAUUACAAAUGAAGAGGAACAUGAAGAUGGUGAGAAGCGGAAAAGUGAGCAUGAGGAUAAAGGAGGAGAAGCUCUUACGGGGCCUAAUUCAGACAAGAAUUCAGACCCCGAAGGUUCAGCAAUGUCCCGUGAAGGUGGAGACAGCAUUGUACAACCAGUGCAGAGUAAUCUGCUGCCACCGACCUCUACCAGUCCUAGCCAUACGCCCUAUUACACUGCUGCAGAGCACACAUGGGCACAAGAUGCACUCAGAAACUUGGAACUACUCCGCGAAUUAUUAAUGCAACAGGUCAAGCUCCUUCAGAAAGAGGAAACUGAGAACUUCCAGCGUUUCUGCAGUCGGAGUGCCCAGCGGAUGGCAGAGACUGACAGACAGUCCAGACCUGUGGGACACAACCACCAGAGGAAAAGAAUCGAAAAGACUUGUGCAAAUAAACAAACUUCUAUACAGCAAAAGAUUGAGAGGCGAUCCUCCGAACUUGGUGAUGUAGGCUCAGAAAUGGCCGAAGAGGCUCCAGAAGAUAGCGCAGAGCAGUUUUUUGAUGCUCAUGAACCUCAAAGCAAUGAACAGUCAAAGAAUUACUCUAAAGAUUCGGAAGAUAUUCAGUAUAGGAUAUCAGGGAGAUAUCUGAUACUGGAGGGCUAUGGGAACAUGCAAGAGAGUUCCACAGAUGAAGACUUUGUUUACUCCGAAUCCUCUACUCAAUGCACAUAUACAGAGCAACAAGCAGGUUCCUCAAAUCCAGCAGACAGGCUGAACCCGCCUGUAAUCGGGCACCUUGAGCCCACGCCACCUUCAGAGAUGUUUAAACAGAUGUUGCAUUAUAUUGAGAAGAUUGAAACCGACUUGCAACAGCUCAAGGGACUUGAAAACUGUUAUAGUGCACUCCGGAAUAAGCUGGCUGCAUCAGGCCUCUUGGAAGAAGAACCAGAUAUCACAAUGCUCCCUACUGACAAGGGUUGAGAUUGAAGCUGUCUGAGCUCUGGUCCAGGAGAUUCCAUCUCACUGGAGGGAUCUGCCUGCAGCCCACUACCAAUCCCACAAUCUCUUCUAAACCUUGGGCAAACCCUGCAGACCUCUUACAGUCUGGCCUUCCCUAUCUCAUGAUCAUCAAGCACACACGACACACCUCACUGUAGGCUAGACCUAAUGAUUUGGCUAUUGAAAGAGCAGAUGAAGGAAAAGUGAUGUCUCUAUGUAAAGCAACGUGAUGAUAACAGUCGCUUUAUAACCAGGAUGAUAUUUUUGAUUGAUUGGGUAAGAGAUGCCAUUUAAACAGUCUCUUCCCAGUUCCGCUAAACCUGAUGGGUACAUAGGAUGUGAAAAGUGAGAAAGUGUUUCCCGUUCAUUACGAGCCUGACAUGUUUGUGCCAAGACAAAUUUCUACAAAAAGGCUCUUCUGUCCUCCUUCAUCUCUACGAGACGACAAAAGGAAAAUAGUACUUGCCAUAAAUAAAUGAUGGGCAAACGCCAGAUGGUGUUUAGAUGCUUAAAUUCCAGAAACAUUAGUGCAGGUUGCCAAAACACUACUGAGCUAGCACCCUGGGGGCAGGCACCAGUAAAGCAAAUAAUAUUUAGGGCCAGUAAUAAGUUUCCCUGUGUGCCUGCCUCUGUAUUUGCACUGACAGUGCUAAGAUCUUUAUAUCUGAGGUUGUCCCUCUUCUCCGUUCUCCCUGUACGUCUUCCCAUCCUGAACCUUGAAGAAAGGACCAGAGCUUCACAGUCUCGGCAGCUUUGAACUGCUCCCGGCAAGUUUUCCCAGCUACACUGCCACCUUUAGCGAGACUGCCAAGAUCGCUCCUCUGAAGGCUGUCCUAAAACUUCCUGCAUGACCAAAGUGCUGGAGAGUGGGAAGAGAGCGCAUUUAGUCCGCAGGGAAGUGUUCUCUGUGCUGAUCAUCGCCACAAAUCAGUAUUCUGCGUUGCCAUUUACUGACAGAUUGUUGCUGCUCUACACAAGAUGUUCCUGCAGAGAUCGUCUGUUAACCAUGUCUUCUACCAUGGGGACUCUUGUAUUCCAUGUAGACAAUCGCUCAUAUCUGGUGCUUGCACAAAGAUGCCAGAAUGUUCAGACGGGGUGUGUGUGUAUAUAUAUAUGUAUAUGUGUGUGUGUAUAUAUACAUGGGAAUAUGCAAAGCAGCUCAUUACACCACCUUAUUCAGGUAGUGUUCCCUGGUAUAUCAGCUUAGCUCCUGUUAAGGAAUACACAUAGAUAUGCGCAUAUAUAUAUAUAUAUAUAUAUAUAUAUAUAUAUAUAUAUAUAUAUACAUACACACACACACACAUAUGUAUAUGCGAGCCGGCAAUCACUACUUCAUUUUUGUAUUUGGACUUUAUCACAUAGAUUAGCACCAGCUGAAAUGAACAAAAGUUUCUACGUAUUAUUAUCUAGGCACUGAGAUCUCCACCAGCCCAUUUGCUCUGCAUUAUUAGCCAAGGAAUCCAAUGUUCUCUUUACUAGCGGAGGUCAUGCAAGUGACCGAAUACCGUGUCAGUUGUCUGUAGUAAGCUUAUUCUGCUGGGUUUGUCUUCUCUCCCCCCAAUGCUGAUAUUGCUGGAUUAGGAGAUCAGGAAGCAGUCUAGGGACGCGCCUUUGCACUUUUAGGACAGGUUAUUCACAGCUAUAUUGAGCUGCGUUUCCCAUUUAAAGGGAGUUUUCUGCAUCCUUUCUGUAUGUAUAUGUAUUUAAAGAAAAUCUUCCAGAUAUAUUCCUAUUGUACAUGAGAAAUGUACUCUUAACAUUGGCUUAAGACAAGAUGUGGGAGUAUUAUUUUUGCGCAAGGCCAUAUUUACAUUCAUAUUCUGUGUUUUUAAUUAUUGUGGAUGGGUGUCUAAACUAUAUAAUUAUCCAAAUGUAUGUUUGUGACAUAGUUAUUUUAUGAAUUAUAUCUGUAUGAUUCUGAAAUGCAAUGUCUCUUGGAGAUGAAUGCAUUAAAAUGUGGGGUGGGAGACCGGGAAGUUCAGUAAUAUUCUGAUAUUAAACAAGCUUAUGGAAAGAGG